AGACUCUUCAAAGCUGCAAAGAGAGAAAGAAUCAAAGGAUUGAGCAAGAGAAUUAAGAAAAAGAAAAACCCUUUUUGUCUGUCAUGGAUCUCGUCUAAAUUUCAACGUUGAAUGUCUGUGUUCAUUUACCAAUAGGCAUCUCAAUAUUCAAAAUCCUUCAAGAACCUUCUUCAAGAUUUUGCUGUUAUUCCACUACUUUCCAUUUGUGCGUUUCGCUACUUGAACGUUUCGUUCGUUUCUUCUGAUCAAAGUCUGCUCUUGCUUUUCAGUUACCAUUUGGUCAAUUAAGAUUCAUUUCUUGAGGCCUCAAUGAAUGCUACUUUGUUCUGAAAGAUAUUAAGAGUCCACAAAUGCUAAAUUAAAGGUUAAUGAUUCUGGAAUAGAAGUCACAAAUCACAAUGGCAAGGAAAAAUCUGGGUUGUUCAUCAUCAUCAUCAUUUCUUGUUCUUCUUGCUGUUGGUUCAUUCUUUGCUACAUAUAAUUUAAUAACAUUAGUGGUUCACAAUAGAACAGUGAAUCAUGCAAAAUAUACUUUUGAUCCGCUGGUUGUGAUGCCUGAUAAUGUGAAGAGAACCGGGGGUAAAAAGGUCUUAUUCCAUGUUGCACUCACAGCUACAGAUGCUCCUUACAGCAAAUGGCAAUGCAGGAUUAUGUAUUAUUGGUAUAAAAAGACAAGAGAUAUGGAGGGAUCAGAGAUGGGAAAGUUCACUAGAAUCCUGCAUUCUGGACAACCAGAUAAUUUGAUGGAUGAAAUUCCAACUUUUGUGGUUGACCCCCUUCCAUCAGGGUUGGAUCGAGGGUAUAUAGUUUUAAAUAGACCUUGGGCAUUUGUGCAAUGGCUGGAGAGGGUAACCAUUGAAGAAGAAUACAUAUUGAUGGCAGAGCCUGACCACAUAUUUGUAAAUCCACUGCCUAACUUAGCACGUGGAGAAUAUCCAGCUGGAUUUCCUUUUUUUUACAUCAAGCCUGAUGAAAAUGAAAAUAUAAUUAGAAAAUAUUAUCCUAAGGAGAAAGGACCAGUUACUAACAUUGACCCAAUUGGUAAUUCUCCUGUUAUUAUAAGAAAGGAUAUUCUUGAAAAAAUUGCUCCCACAUGGAUGAAUGUUUCUUUAAGAAUGAAGGAUGAUCCCGAGACUGAUAAAAAAUUUGGAUGGGUACUAGAAAUGUAUGCAUAUGCUGUGGCCUCUGCUUUGCAUGGUGUUCAACAUAUUCUUCGGAAAGAUUUUAUGCUCCAGCCCCCAUGGGACUUGGAAAUAGGCUAUAGGUUUAUCAUACAUUACACUUAUGGAUGUGACUACAACAUGAAGGGUGAGCUUACAUAUGGAAAGAUUGGAGAAUGGCGAUUUGACAAGAGAUCACAUCUGCGGGGCCCACCACCAAGAAAUAUUUCUAUGCCUCCACCCGGGGUUCCUGAAAGUGUGAGGACUCUUGUAAAGAUGGUGAAUGAAGCUACUGCCAAUAUUCCGGGAUGGGAUGCAACAUAACAGAUUGUCGGAUAAUUGAAGCUUGUUUCGUUUAUAGAGGAAAAAUACAUCGGAGUGAUUUAAUAUUUAUACAAAAAAAAACUUGUGCGUAAAGUAGUUUGUCUAAAUUAAAUGAAACGUGUUUAAAUACAAGUUAUAUAAGAACUAACACAAGCUAUUGGGAUGCGUUAUGAAUGUAAGUUGAUAAAAUUUUUGGUUGGUGA